CGUCCAUCGAGGUCUAAGGUAUCUGGACGCUGGCCAGUUUAUCAGCUCAACACUAUAUAACUAGAUGGCCCCGCUGCUCCACUCCUACUCAUUUAAGAGUGCUGAAAUCAAUUCUUGGACCUAAGCCAAGGAGACUAUUGUUGACUACCUGUUGCUAAGUAGCUCGCCAAAUCUCUUGUUUGAACAUCCACAAUGCUCGCGACUCCACCGCUCGGCCAGAGCGUUGGGUAUGGCAUUGUCGUCGGCUUGGGGUUUGCCUUCGCCUUUGGCAUGAUUCUCACAACUUUUGUGCUUAAGAGAUACAACUAUGAAUUGCAAACUUCGGAAAUGUUCAGCACAGCUGGACGAACUGUCAAAUCAGGCCUUGUUGCUUCUGCGGUCGUCUCCUCUUGGACUUGGGCGGCCACUCUUCUUCAAUCGAGCGCCGUUGCCUAUAACUACGGAGUAUCCGGACCCUUCUGGUAUGCUUCUGGCGCGACAGUGCAGAUCAUUCUUUUUGCGACUAUCGCCAUCGAACUGAAGCGCCGGGCACCAAAUGCACAUACAUUCUUGGAAGUCAUUCGAGCACGAUAUGGAGCUGUGACACAUAUUGUUUUCAUGGUUUUCGGCUUGUUUACCAACAUCUUGGUUACUUCUAUGUUGCUCACUGGAGGCUCUGCUGUCGUAACAUCGCUCACUGGAGUUCCAACAGCUGCCGCUUGUUUCCUCUUGCCGGUCGGUGUCGUCUUGUACACCAUGUUCGGUGGUAUCAAAGCUACCUUUUUGACCGAUUACGCACACACAGUCGUAAUUCUUAUCAUCCUCUUAAUGUUUGCUUUCACAACAUAUGCUACCAAUGAACAUCUUGGAUCUCCUGGGAAAGUCUUCGACCUUCUUCAUGAAGCAGCAAAGAAACACCCGGUGGAAGGCAACGCCGGCGGCUCAUAUCUCACCAUGCGAUCUAAGGAGGGCGCCAUCUUUUUCGUGAUCAACAUUGUAGGGAACUUCGGAACCGUGUUCUGCGACAACGGUUACUACAACAAGGCUAUCGCCGCUUCACCAGUGGAUGCUCUGCCAGGUUACAUCAUGGGAGGAUUGUCAUGGUUUGCCAUCCCUUGGCUCGCUGCUACGACCAUGGGUCUUGCUGCUCUUGCAUUGGAGAGUAAUCCAGUGUUUCCCACUUUUCCGGAUCGCAUGAACCCUGCAGAUGUCUCUGCUGGGCUUGUUCUUCCAACUGCUGCCGUUGCUCUGCUUGGAAAAGGCGGUGCAGCUGCUACUUUGCUGCUAGUAUUCAUGGCUGUGACAAGCGCGAUGUCUGCAGAGCUCAUUGCCGUGUCUUCUAUCUUCACAUAUGACUUUUAUCAAACUUACUUCAAUCCCACGGCUACCGGUAAACAACUCAUUUACAUGUCUCACGUCAUGGUUGUUGGUUUCGCCAUCGCCAUGGCCGCUUGGUCUACCGGCCUCUACUACAUUGGCAUUUCAAUGGGAUAUUUGUACCUUCUCAUGGGUGUCAUCAUCUCGUCUGCCGUGCUUCCAGCCACUCUCACACUGAUGUGGUCCAAGCAGAAUUGGUGGGCCGCAACUUUAACACCGCCUCUUGGAUUUGCCUGUUCUCUUAUUGCCUGGCUCGUCACAGCGAAGAAGGAAGGCGGAGAACUCACAGUAGGAACCACAGGAGCCAACAACCCCAUGCUUGCUGGAAACGUCGUGGCUCUUCUAUCGCCGCUCAUAUUCGUCCCCGUUCUCACCUAUAGUUUCGGCCCACAGAACUACGACUGGGUCUCCAUGAAGCAGAUCCGUAGAGGUGACGACCACGAUCUCGCAGCUGCCGCACAUGUAGACCUGGAACUUGUCCCAGGUGAACAUCGUAGCGCGACAGAUGACGAGGAAGAGCAGGCCAAGCUAUACAAAGCGUCGCGCAUUGCCCGAUGGAUGACCGCAGGCAUGACGCUCGCCUUCCUCAUCCUGUGGCCCAUGCCCAUGUACGGGUCUGGAUACAUUUUCAGCAAAAAGUUCUUCACGGGCUGGGUCGUCGUCGGGAUCAUGUGGAUGUUUUGCUCCGCAUUCUGCGUUGGUCUCUACCCGCUUUGGGAGGGCCGGAAGACGAGUGUCAAGACGUUCAAGUCUAUCUACCUGGACAUCACCGGGAAGAAGAAGCCGCCCAAGGGCCCAGUUGUUACAGAUGGUGAAGAGGGAUCUUCUACUCCGACAGAAGCACUCACUGAGAAAGCUGCUAUCAAGGAAUAGACGCGUUGCGCUGUCUAUUUUUCUAGUGAUACUAUCUUUAAAUAAGCAGUAUCGGAUCAUUCAACGCUCUCUUGAUAAAUCGUCAUAAACACUGUCGCUUGCCGCAUCAAGUUCCGAAUCUAU